AUGGGCCAAAAACAGUCGGCUGUUGAGGCCACCUUCUUCUGCCCCACAACCAAUAACUCACUUGCCGACCCCCUAGCUCCCUGCACCCACUGCGAAGCCCUCCACGACAUCAUCUGGCAAUCCGUCUACAUCUGCCCCAACACAGGCUACCGCAUCGACCGCGACCGGGCGCCCUCAGCCGCCCGCCCAGACCGUGAAUGCCCUUCCUGUUUCCAGAGCCACCAGCCGGCGACGAAGAGGGUGUAUAUCUGCCCUGUGACGGGGGCCACGAUCCCCCAUCCGCGGGAUACGGGCGGGAAGUGUGAGAAGUGUGGGAGGAGUCAUGAGGAUAAUUCGACGCCUGUGGGGAGUAGGGAGGCGGUGGGGAGUAUGGGGAGUUUGAGGAGUGGGAGGAGUGGGAGGAGUUGA